AAUAUAAACCAUAACCCAAUCACUGUAACAUUAAUGUGAUCACAGCCUCCCUCCACUCUGAGACUCUGUCUGAGCUGAUGGGAGAUGGAAUAUCCUGAAGCACAAGUCUAUUAACCUGAACUGUUGUUCACAACUAAAAGCUACUGACUGCGUUGGUGCCAACAAAUCUCUCAGAUCUGAGUUGAUAACAUUCUGAAUUUGGUUCAUUUUGUGUAUGUAGCACGUUUUCUCUCACACUUUCUGACUUCAUGAAGACAUUAUGGGAAGCUUCUCUUGACCUCUGAUCUCAAACAUGUAUAUAUUUGUUGUUCUGACUCAAAAAUCUGUUUAUUUCCCAGACAUCAUUGGAUCCCAACAGGUUCUGCUACACAAUCCUUACUAGCCUAUUAAUACGUGCUGCUGUGAUAACGUGUGUUUUUUUUGUUUUGUUUUUGUUGUUAAUGAAUCGACAUAUUUUUACAUGUAUUAUUGUGGGGGGUAUUUUCCCGGUGCCCACAUUUUGUAGUGCCACCCCUGGCUCCGGUAAAUAAGCUGUGGCUGUGCUGAGCCCGUAGAAGCUUGACGUGAGAGCCGUCGUCCGUCUGCGCUGGUCUGGAGACAGUCAACGGUCCGGCGCAAAGACGUUUUCUUGCGCAAAGGCGCAAAGGGUUAAAGAUCGGCUCGCGGCAGCCUCGGAUUCGGCAGCUUUGCGCUCGGCUCAGUCGUUGCAUCGCUCCGCGGGCAGCGCUCCGAUAUCUGGCGUCGCUGUGGAUUGUGGGAGUCGAGGACACUGCCCAGGCUCGUUACCGGAGACAUUUUCCGCUGUGCUCGUUUUCCGCCGUGUCCCUGCACGUUGACGCUGGUCUCAGCAUCAUGUCCAGCCGAGGAGGAAAGAAGAAGACGACCAAGACGUCGCGCUCCACCAAGGCCGGCGUCAUCUUCCCCGUGGGGCGCAUGCUGCGCUACAUCAAGCGGGGCCUUCCCAAGUACCGCAUCGGCGUGGGAGCGCCCGUCUACCUGGCCGCCGUCCUCGAGUACCUCACCGCCGAGAUCCUGGAGUUGGCAGGAAAUGCAGCCAGAGACAACAAGAAGGGCCGCGUCACACCGCGGCACAUCCUGCUCGCCAUCGCCAACGACGAGGAGUUGAACCAGUUGCUGAAAGGCGUGACCAUUGCUGCGGGUGGAGUCCUGCCGAACAUCCACCCAGAGCUGCUGGCCAAGAAGAGAGGAGCCAAGGGCAAACUGGAGACCCCGGUCUCACCCGCGCCCGAGAAGAAGCUCAAAUCUGUGAAGAAGCCACCGGCCAAGAAACUGAGUGGGAAGAAAAGAGGCGGAAAAGCCAAGAAGCAGGGAGACGUGAGCAAGGCGGCGUCGGCAGACAGCACCACAGAGGGGUCUCCAGCAGACAGCUUCACCGUGCUCUCCACCAAGAGCCUGUUCCUGGGCCAGAAGCUCAACCUUAUCCACAGCGAGGUCAGUAACUUGGCUGGCUUUGACGUGGAGGGGGUUAUCAACCCCACCAAUGCUGAACUUGAGCUUAAAGAUGAUCUAGGCUCAGCUCUGGAAAAAAAGGGAGGGAAGGAGUUUGCUGAAGCGCUGCAGGAGCUGAAGAAGAAGAACGGCCCCCUGGAGGUGGCUGGUGCUGUGUUGACCGCCGGCUUCGGUCUGCCUGCCAAGUACGUCAUCCACUGCAACAGUCCAGGCUGGGGCUCCGACAAGUGUGAGGAGUUACUGGACAAGACGGUGAAGAACUGCCUGGCUCUGGCCGACGAGAAGAAACUCAAGUCUGUGGCUUUCCCCUCUAUUGGUAGUGGAAGGAAUGGGUUCCCCAAGCAGACCGCGGCCCAGCUGAUCCUUAAGGCGAUCUCCAGCUACUUUGUGGCCACCAUGUCUUCCACCAUCAAGACCGUCUACUUUGUGCUGUUUGACAGCGAGAGCAUCGGCAUCUACGUGCAGGAAAUGGCCAAGCUGGAGUCGAGCUAAAGAAGUUGGGAUUUUUCUCCUUCCGGUUCCUCUCCCACCCCCACAUUGUUUUUUCCUGCAAAGAAGUAGGAAGGUUUACUAGUGAUUUGUUAAAUAUGAAGAGCAGAAGAAAUAGACCAGGAACUGGUUUUUGCAUUAUGUUUGUAUUUUUCUUAUCUCGUUUUUAAUUUCUUAUUUACUUGUCACCUCUGGUGUUUAAAUGUUAAAGUGCACUGUUCAUUCAGCGGUUCUCUUAUCACAGUGACACACAAAAGAGCAAGGAGACUCGCUUCAACAAUUCAUUUUCAUAAUAUUAAAAAGAUAACAACACCUCAAGUACAAGGCUUCCAGAGAAGUCAGAUGAAUACGGGUUAAUGCAUGUAACGGCAGUAAAACAAUUAAAACACAGACAGAUAAUAAUUUUCUUUCGAGCUCAAAAAACAUUUAUUCGAUGUAUUUUUGGUAGACGUUCAACUCUUCAACUUCAGUUUCCUCUACUUUCGUCUUGAAGAGACUGAGACAAGUGUAGAAUGAGUUCUUGUUUUUGUGUUGUGUGUUGCUAAUUCCUCCGUUGGCCUUCGAGUACAAGGCGAGAAAUGUUUCGGUGUGCUGCAGAGACCUUGAAUGACAAAAAGCUGAAGUGAAUUGUAAUGUAAAUGCCCACAUAUGAUAUUCUAUAGUCUUGGUACCAGCGUCAGGAUUUCAAUGCUGUAAACUGAUCACAUUUGGUCGACGUUUACAGUAAAAACAAUAGAAAUUACAAUUGGAAAAUGAAGGUUUUUGCAGGGCUCCUGAUUUAUAUUGUGUGUUCCUAUCAGUGUUUAUAUAUAUGGAGUAUUUGUGAAAUGUUAUAGUAGAAUAUUGGACUGUAACACAGAGUUUUAUUUUCUAUUUUAAUUUUUUUAAUUGUUUCUAAAAGCCACAGACAAUUUGGAAGAAAACCGUUGCAGAUGUGACUUUUUUGUGUGUUUCGUCUUGGGGUCAGAACAAAUGUGUCGUUCUUUCUGGGUUUGGAGGCUCGGUCCUGUUGCUUUCUGUUCUCCUCCAUUGCUGCCACUAGAUGGCUCCCGGUGGUCACGGAUUGGGGUCUUGGUCUCAGCCAUCUUCUGUGCAGCAGCAGGCCUCUUCACACGGACACUGGGUCGAUUUGAGUUGGAUUUGAAUUGGGAUUGGACGCGUACAAGGAACCGGACUGCUCUGCUGCAUUUGGACUAACUUUCUUAUGGAAAAAAAUAAAUAUAUAUACAAUGCUUUCUAAAAAAUUGCUACAAUUGAUGAUUCUACAAAAGGUCUGUACACUACAGUAAUAAAACACUUUUAAAAACA